AAUCCCGGCUCUGUUGCUGCCCUUCUUCCCGCUGCUGCCUCCGAGCUCUUCCUGGAGGAUGCUCAAACUGCUGCUGGUAUCCAUCCCCUCCCGCGCCCGAGACAGAAGGGCUGUGGGAGGAGGCUGCAAUACGCAGCCGUGGAGGGUCUCUGCGGCAGAGAUGUGCCUGUGGUUGUUGCUAGAAGAGCAUUUCCGGAGCAAAAGCAUUGCCAAAAACUGUCCAAAUCACUCAGCAACUUUCAGUUUUGAGCGGAGGCAGCGCAGCAGGAAAUGGGUGGCAGGCUGAGACACAGAGUGAAGUUGUAGCUUGGUUUUCAGAUAGGGAAAUGCUUAGCUCGUCUACGGGUGACCCCUCUGGACACAGCGGGUGACGGCUGCGCAGCUCCGGCCACAGCCCAGGGCCCACGAAAGAGCUUGGGCCCUCCAGGUUGUGCAGCAGCGAAGAGGAUGCUCUCCAGUUUCCACCACUGCUGCUCUCUGCCAGCUUUUAUCAUUUACGGUUUCAUUUUCCAAGUUCGCGAGCUGCAGCCAGCUUUGGUUAAUGUGACAGGACCCCCCGGCCCCAUCACCGUGCCCAUGGGCGAGGACGUGCUGUUGCCCUGCCGCUUCUCCCCGGAGCACAGCACGGGGGACAUGGAGGUGAUCUGGUUUCGGGAACAGUUCUCACCCUUUGUGCAUCGCUACAAGGAUGGCCAGGACCAGUAUGGGGAGCAGAUGCUUGAAUACCAAGGGCGCACCGAGCUGCUGAAGGAUGGCCUUACCAAGGGCAGCGUGGACUUGAAAAUUUUCCAUGUCCAACUCUCUGACAGAGGGAAUUACACCUGCUUUGUUCGCCAUGACUCGGACUACAACGAGGCUGUGGUGGAGCUGAGGGUGACAGCCAGCGGCUCUGCCCCGCUCAUCACGCUGGAGCGCUACCAGGAUGGGGGGAUCCAGGUGGCCUGUCGUGCGACCGGCUGGUACCCGCAGCCCCAGGUGCUGUGGCAGGAUACGCACGGGCAGCAUCUCCCAUCCCUCUGGGAAAGCGUUACCCAGGAUGAGAGCGGCCUCUUCACAGCGGAAAGCAACAUAAUCCUCACCAGGGGCACAAACAAGAAACUCUCCUGCUCAGUCCGCGGUGCCCUGCACAGCCAAGGGCAGGGGUCAGCUUUUUACAUAUCAGAUCCCUUUUUCCAAAACGCCCAUCCUUGGAUGACUGCCCUGGGCGUGAUCGUGGUCGCUGCAGUCACUCUCCUUAUUGUCACUGUUUAUCUAUUUAAAAUUAAAGGCAAGCAUGAGAAGAAAAUAGCGAUGCAAGAGGCAGCACUGCGGGACCGUGACACAGAAAUCGAGAAGCAAGCUGAAGAGCUUGCAUGGAGAAGAUAUGCAGUGCCUAUAGAAGAAGUGAAGGUGGUUCUGGAUCCAGACACAGCCCACUGUGACCUUGUCCUGUCUGACGACUGUAAAAGUGUGAAACGAGAAGACACACGGCAGGACAUCCCUGACAUCCCUGAGAGGUUUAACCCGUGGCGAUGUGUGCUGGGCCGUGAAGGCUUCACCUCGGGGAGAUACUACUGGGAGGUGGAGGCAGUGGAUGGAGGAGGAUGGACUGUGGGGGUGUCUAGAGUGGAUGUGAAAAGGAAGGGCGAGAUUGAGUUUAAACCAGAGGAGGGCAUCUGGGCAGUGGGGCAGUGGGCAGGGCACUUCCAAGCUCUCACAUCCCCUAAUCGCACUCUCCUUCCUAAAAUCCAGACUCCCAAGCGGAUCCGGGUCUCUCUGGAUUAUGAAGAGGGACGGGUGGCAUUUUUCAGUGUUGAUGAGGAGAUUCCCAUCUUCACGUUCUCACUGGCAUCGUUUGAGGGGAUAAGAGUCCACCCUUGGGUCUGGCUGGGUCCUGGGACAUGGCUCAAAAUGUGGCCCUGGACAGGAGAUGGGUUCAGCUGCUCAGGAAGCCACAGCUGCCUUCCCACAGCUGUGCGUGCUGAUAGAGGGCCUGGGCAGCCCCACAACCAACGCUGUUGCCAGAGCAGCGCCCGGUCCUUGGGCAGGAGGGAGGCAAAGCAGCAGAGGAGUAAAUGCUGGAGGGUCCACAGCUCUCCCCUCCAGGCCAUGUGGGUCCUUGCCCUGGUCCCGCUCAUCCUCCCGGCCCUGCUGCCCGCAGCCGGCACUACAGACCCAGACCAGCCCUGUCCCUCGGAGAUGAACAAGAUCAAGGACCUCCUGGAGGUGAACUGCACGGGGAAGGCUCUCAGUGUGGUGCCCCAAAACCUGCCCGCAGACACGGGCAUCCUGCUGCUCAGUGCCAACCACCUGACAUCUCUCUCCACCGCCGCCUUCCAGCCCCUCACCCAGCUGCAGGAUCUUGACCUGGCCGACAGCGGGCUGGUGGCUCUGCAAACCGGGCCCCCGCUGCUGACCCUGAAGGAGCUGAUCCUCUCCCGCAACGCGCUGGAGGCCCUGCCCACCCUUCAGGGCCUGCCCGCGCUCACCCACCUGGCCGUGGCCCACAACAGCCUGGUGACAGUGGCCCCGCAGGCUUUCCUCACUGUGCCACGGCUGCAGGACCUGGACCUGCGAGGGAACAGGCUGCAGACGCUGCCCCCGGAGGCCUUUGCAGGGCUGAGGGCACUCAAGUACUUGGACCUCUCCGACAACCUCCUGGAGGAGCUCCCCAAGGAGCUGCUGCAGGAUCUGGAAAAACUGGAGACCCUCUGGCUCUCCGGGAACCGCCUGCGGACCCUGCCCACCAAAUUCUUCCCUGAGGGGCACUUCUUCGCCUAUGUCUUCCUCACGGAGAACCCCUGGCAUUGCGACUGCGACCUGCGCUACCUGCGGGCCUGGAUCCGGGAGAACGCUGACAGUGUCUACCAGCCGGAGCGGGGCCUGGAGAAGACAAAGGUGGAGGUCGCCCCUGAGAAGGUGCUGUGCAACAGCCCCCCUGAGCAUUGGCGGAAGCCCAUCAUCCGCUUUAAGCCUGACUGCGGCAAUGUGGGGGAUGCGGAUGAGGAGGAGACGGAUGAAUAUGAUGAUGAGGAAGAAACGGUGGAGAAAGCUACCACGACCACCUUCUUCUCCCCACAUCCAUCCAUCCCUGAAGAGUACACUACCAUGCCCCGUGCUGUUACCUGGCCACCCCUUGCUACCACAAGACCUUCCCUCAGUACCCCUUGUAGCUCCACCCUUGCCCCAAGCACUUCGUUUUCAAUGCUUGCAAGCACUAGAGCUCCCAGAACCACCACUCCUGCACCAGCCAGUCACACCGUCACACCCACACGGACCCCUGGCACUGCCACCGUCCUCACUGCUGCUCCUACCAGCACCCCAUACAGAUCCACCACCCUUGUCCCCACCAGCUCACUGCCAACCACUAUGAGCACCAGACUUCCCAGCAACAGCAGCCAUCCCCAAACCACCCUCGCCAACAGCACUACCACCACCUAUGCCACUCUUAAGGCUUCCACUGAUGUGUUUUCCAGCAAUUCCACGGCCAUACCUUCUACUGCCAUGGUAGAGGCCUCUUCCAUUGUCAAAUCUUCAUCUCCUCCUCUGAUGUCGACCACACCAGUGGUCUCCACCACCAUGCUUUCCACUCAUGCCCCAACACUGCCAGCUCCCCGGAACACCACACGCUUCACCCAGCCUCCACCUUCCCUUCCACCUGCACCUCUCCCCCUCUGCCCAUGCUCCACCCCAGGACUGCCUGUACCUCUGCUGUGCUCACGGGCAGCUGGGGAGGGUUCGCAGUGGGGGCAGUGGGUGCUGAGGCACUGCUGCCUAUUGCACUGGGUGCUCUACCUGGCCUCCUUGGUUCUGCUGGUCCUGACUGUGCUGGCUCUAGCAGGCUGGCUGGUGUGGAUGUGUCUGGUGGGACAGCUCUACUGGCAGAAGCCCCUGCAGACCCAAGAGGUGCAGUAUCCUCUGCUGAGGUGGAGGGAGUCGACAGGAAGCCCUGUGACGCAUUGCAGCAGCUUCAGAAAUCCCCUCCAGCAUCCCACAUUCUGUACCAUCAAGGAAGUAGAGUUGUGCCCUGAGAUCAGUUACUGCACGAUUAAAGACCUGGGGAUACGGCGCAGUCCUCCUGCAAGUUCCUCUUUCUGCACCACAAAGGAGCUGUGGGUCCACCACGGUCCUCUGAAUACCUCGUUCAAGUCUUUCCCCAGGAAGAUGAUGGUCACAAACCUCAACUCCCUGAGGACCCCUUCUGCUUACAGCCUGGACAGGGGUGUCAAGGCCAUUGGCGAUGUCAGAGUGAAAUACGCUGGCAACACCUUGUAAAUGCUUCUGUACAUUCUGAGAAAGAGUUGGAGGGUUGUGGUUCUGCUUCACAUACCCUUGUUUUACAGUGGAAAGUUCUGCUUGCCCAGGGGAAAGCCAUCCAGCUCCUUCCCCUAGUAUUACUCUCACACACUGUGAGGCUUCUAGACCUGAAAUAAUUACUAGGGUACUCAGCAGGGGAGAAGAUGUCCUAAACUGGUCAGUGACAGUCUGGGGCUUGCAGUGCCUGGUUUCAGGGUGAGUGUGGGAAAGCAGAGCUUUGUCUCCCAACUGCUUCUGUUUGAAUGAUGCACAGAAAAAUUCGCUAUGCUUUCAACUCAAUGCCAGGUUGUUAAUCACGGAAUAAAUAUUCACUUUGCUUGACUUUCAAA